GUGGACUGAGGUCAGGUGAAGCCACAACCUGUCGCCACAAUGUUUCUUUACAACCUAACUCUGCAGCGAGCCACUGGUAUCAGCUAUGCUAUCCAUGGCAACUUUUCCGGUACCAAACAGCAAGAGAUUGUUGUUUCCCGAGGGAAGAUCUUAGAAUUGCUGCGUCCUGAUCCAAACACUGGGAAGGUUCAUACAUUGCUGACUGUAGAAGUGUUUGGAAUUAUCCGCUCCCUUAUGGCCUUCAGGUUAACUGGAGGAACCAAAGACUAUAUUGUGGUGGGCAGUGAUUCAGGGCGCAUUGUUAUCUUGGAGUACCAACCCUCUAAAAAUUUAUUUGAGAAGAUUCAUCAGGAAACCUUUGGCAAGAGUGGCUGUCGUAGAAUUGUCCCUGGUCAGUACUUGGCUGUGGAUCCUAAAGGACGAGCUGUCAUGAUCAGUGCCAUUGAGAAGCAGAAAUUAGUGUAUAUUCUGAACAGAGAUGCUGCGGCUCGACUCACCAUUUCUUCCCCAUUAGAAGCCCACAAGGCCAACACCUUGGUUUACCAUGUAGUUGGAGUCGAUGUUGGGUUUGAAAAUCCCAUGUUUGCUUGUCUGGAAAUGGAUUAUGAGGAAGCUGACAAUGAUCCUACAGGAGAAGCAGCAGCCAAUACCCAGCAGACUUUGACAUUUUAUGAGUUGGAUCUGGGUUUGAAUCACGUGGUGAGGAAAUACAGUGAACCCUUGGAGGAACAUGGCAACUUUCUUAUAACAGUCCCUGGAGGCUCUGAUGGUCCAAGUGGAGUGCUGAUUUGCUCAGAAAACUACAUCACCUACAAAAACUUUGGUGACCAACCAGAUAUUCGAUGUCCUAUUCCCAGGAGAAGGAAUGACUUGGAUGACCCUGAGAGAGGCAUGAUUUUCGUCUGCUCUGCUACACACAAGACCAAGUCCAUGUUCUUUUUCCUGGCUCAGACAGAGCAAGGUGAUAUCUUCAAAAUCACUUUGGAAACUGACGAGGACAUGGUCACAGAGAUUCGACUAAAGUACUUUGACACUGUUCCUGUAGCUGCUGCCAUGUGUGUGCUGAAAACCGGUUUCCUGUUUGUGGCUUCUGAGUUUGGCAACCAUUACCUGUACCAAAUCGCUCACCUGGGAGAUGAUGAUGAGGAGCCAGAGUUUUCCUCUGCCAUGCCCCUGGAGGAAGGGGACACUUUCUUUUUCCAGCCACGGCCUCUUAAGAACCUGGUGUUGGUGGACGAGCUGGACAGCCUGUCUCCGAUAUUAUGCUGUCAGAUAGCUGAUCUGGCUAAUGAAGAUACACCCCAGUUAUAUGUGGCCUGUGGAAGGGGACCUCGAUCGUCGUUGAGGGUCCUAAGACAUGGACUUGAGGUAUCUGAGAUGGCUGUCUCAGAGUUGCCUGGUAACCCCAACGCUGUCUGGACAGUGAGGAGACAUGUUGAAGAUGAGUUUGAUGCUUAUAUCAUCGUGUCCUUCGUCAAUGCCACCCUGGUGCUUUCUAUUGGAGAAACUGUAGAGGAAGUGACUGACUCUGGAUUCCUGGGCACCACACCUACCUUGUCCUGCUCACUGUUGGGGGACGAUGCUUUGGUGCAAGUUUAUCCUGAUGGCAUCCGGCAUAUCAGGGCAGAUAAAAGAGUUAAUGAGUGGAAAACGCCAGGCAAGAAAACUAUUGUCAAAUGUGCUGUGAACCAGAGACAAGUGGUGAUCGCGCUGACGGGAGGAGAGCUCGUCUACUUUGAGAUGGACCCGUCAGGGCAGCUGAAUGAAUACACGGAAAGGAAGGAGAUGUCAGCUGAUGUGGUGUGCAUGAGCUUGGCCAAUGUUCCCCCUGGAGAGCAGCGCUCCCGUUUCCUUGCUGUUGGGCUGGUAGACAAUACUGUCCGCAUCAUUUCACUUGACCCCUCAGACUGCCUGCAGCCUUUGAGUAUGCAAGCCCUUCCUGCCCAGCCAGAAUCACUGUGUAUUGUUGAGAUGGGUGGAGCUGAGAAGCAGGAUGAGCUGGGGGAGAGGGGCUCCAUUGGCUUCUUGUACCUGAACAUUGGCUUGCAGAAUGGUGUACUGCUGCGAACUGUCCUCGAUCCAGUCACUGGAGAUCUUUCCGACACAAGAACCAGGUAUCUUGGCUCUCGCCCUGUGAAGCUCUUCCGGGUCCGCAUGCAAGGACAAGAAGCGGUGCUGGCCAUGUCAAGUCGGUCAUGGCUGAGUUAUUCCUACCAGUCCCGCUUCCACUUAACCCCUCUGUCAUAUGAGACGUUGGAGUAUGCUUCUGGCUUUGCCUCCGAGCAGUGUCCAGAGGGCAUUGUGGCCAUCUCCACAAACACACUGAGAAUUUUGGCAUUAGAGAAGCUGGGAGCGGUCUUCAACCAGGUGGCCUUCCCCUUGCAGUACACGCCCAGGAAGUUCGUCAUUCACCCCGAGAGCAACAACUUGAUCAUCAUUGAGACUGACCACAACGCCUAUACUGAGGCCACGAAAGCCCAGCGGAAGCAGCAGAUGGCUGAGGAAAUGGUAGAAGCCGCGGGUGAAGAUGAGAGGGAACUUGCUGCCGAGAUGGCCGCAGCUUUUCUGAACGAGAACCUUCCAGAGUCCAUCUUUGGUGCCCCAAAGGCAGGAAACGGGCAGUGGGCAUCGGUCAUCAGGGUGAUGAACCCCAUCCAGGGCAACACUUUGGAUCUAGUCCAGCUGGAGCAGAACGAAGCUGCCUUUAGUGUGGCUGUGUGUCGAUUCUCCAACACUGCUGAUGACUGGCAUGUCCUGGUGGGAGUGGCCAAGGACCUGAUCCUGAAUCCCCGCUCAGUUGCCGGAGGGUUUGUCUACACCUACAAACUGGUGAAUGGCGGAGAGAAGCUGGAAUUCCUGCACAAGACCCCAGUGGAGGAGGUACCAGCGGCUAUUGCCCCAUUCCAAGGCAGAGUGCUGAUCGGUGUGGGAAAGCUGUUGCGUGUCUAUGACUUGGGCAAGAAGAAGCUUCUCCGAAAGUGUGAAAACAAGCACAUUGCCAACUACAUCAGUGGGAUCCAGACCAUCGGGCACCGGGUGAUUGUCUCAGACGUCCAGGAGAGCUUUAUCUGGGUGCGCUACAAGAGGAACGAGAACCAGCUCAUCAUCUUUGCAGACGACACCCACCCACGUUGGGUCACUACUGCCAGCCUCCUGGACUAUGACACCGUGGCCGGAGCCGACAAAUUCGGCAACAUUUGCGUGGUGAGGCUGCCUCCCAACACGAACGAUGAGGUAGAUGAAGAUCCAACUGGCAACAAGGCUUUGUGGGACCGAGGGCUCCUCAACGGAGCCUCACAGAAGGCAGAGGUGAUUAUGAACUACCAUGUCGGAGAAACAGUGCUGUCUCUGCAGAAGACCACGCUGAUCCCAGGGGGCUCCGAAUCACUCGUCUACACCACCUUGUCCGGUGGCAUUGGCAUUCUGGUCCCAUUCACAUCACAUGAAGAUCAUGACUUCUUCCAGCACGUUGAGAUGCAUCUCCGUUCCGAGCACCCUCCUCUCUGCGGACGGGACCACCUCAGCUUCCGCUCCUAUUAUUUCCCUGUAAAGAAUGUCAUUGACGGGGAUCUGUGUGAGCAGUUCAACUCCAUGGAACCCAACAAGCAGAAGAACGUGGCUGAAGAGCUGGACAGGACCCCGCCCGAGGUCUCCAAGAAGCUGGAGGACAUCCGCACCCGCUAUGCUUUCUAAGCAGGAGUCUGUUCUGGGACUUGGCUAGGACUCUGUUCCAAAGAUGCACAGUGGAGAACGCCAUUCCCACCUCCACCCUCCCACUCUGGCUGGAUUG